AUGACCACUGAAUCAGUCUCGAUUCAACAAUAUGAAGAUUUGUUCCAUUCUCUGAUAUUCUCGGGUGACACACGUGCUGAUGUUGCACGGCAACUCGAACAGUGCACUGAUUCCAAGUUCGCCGAAUACCUUCAGACCACCUUGGACCAAUCUCAAGACGAAGACGAAAAAGAAGGCUUGCAGGAACUAAUGGAUAUGAUUGCUCAAGUAGUGGUGGAAGAAAAAGAGUUGAAAGAACAACAGAAGAUGGAAGAAUUAAAUUCCAAAGACGAAGCGGCAAAGGCUGAACGUCAGGCAGAACUCGAAAAGGAAGCGAACGAGAAUAAGGUUGCUGCUAGUAUAUCAUCAGCUGCUCAAUCAUCCAUGUCAAAUGUAGAUGUACUGAAGCAAGCGAAUGCUAUCGAUGAGGCUGUAAUGACCAAUGUCAUGUCCGAUGAUGAGAAGCCGUCGGAUUUCAUUUCGGAUUGCCGAGAGGUUGUCAACUUGUCGCGUGGAUUCAACAAUAAGGGCCGAAUGCGAGUUGGAGGAAGGAACAGUGGCAUUCUAGCCGUUGUCAUUUAA